AUGGACUGGACCUUUAGUCUCCUAAGUGGACAUGAUGGAUCAACAGCCAAAGAUCACAUCUUCCUCGGUGCUCCUCUCCUCUUCCUUCACCUGGUGAGGAGGAGGAGGAAGAACAUUCUGCAGGAUGGAGACACCUGGAGCUCACCUGGAGGCGGGGCCGUCUCCGACCCGCUGCAGGUGAGGGGGGUUUAUUUCCAUUCAGGGAUUCAGGAGUUCUUCCUGUGUUCUGUCUAUCCUGGGAAUGACGAUCAGAGGAAGGAGAAUCCAACAGAAGUGGAACCGGGUCGAGGCACAGGGUCUGCUAGAGGACGAUCCGACGGAGAUGGAGGACUGGCGUCUGAAGCCGGAGCUCUGAGGACCGAGGAAGACUCCGAUGGUCUGAGGAGGAUCUGUGUUCUGCUUCGCCGACCCCCCGUCCGGCUCCUCCAGCACCCGGAGCUGUUCAGCCCUGCCGCCUCGUCUCCCGGAGGCUCCAUGGAUCUGUUCAGCCACACCUGUCCGGCCUCCAGGGCAGAGCAAGGUGGGGUCGUAAUGGAGGUCACCGCAGACGGCGUCCUCUGCUCUCAGGAGUCCGACCCCCAGGGGUCGCCCGCCUCCCCCUGCAGCAAGAAACCACGACCCUCAGAGGAGUCUGCAGCGCCAGAGAGCUCCACCUCCACCACCCGUCUGGACAGGUGUGCCCAGGUGGGACGCAGGUACUCUGUCCUGGUGGUGGUGGUCCACCCAAGCCACCUGAAGGAGGUCCAGGUGCGGUCGGGUCCGUCAGCAGGAAGCCGUGUUCCUCUGGCCUCCAUGGUCGUGACGGACCAAUCAGGAGCCGAGAUGAAGGUGGUUCUGUGGAGGAGAGCGGCCUUCUGGGUUCUGACCGUGAGUCCUGGAGAGGUUCUGCUCAUCACAGGGCUGCAGGUGAGAGAGGACAGGUGGAGAGCAGAGACUGUCCUCCAGUCCACCUUCUCCAGCAAACUGCUGAACCUGGGACACGCCUCCACCUCACUGCCAGUUAGCCAGCAGGUUAGCGCCCGCGCUCUCCGCUCUCUGUGCGGUUUCGUCAGAGAGCGGCGCCCCCUGCUGGUGUCCGUCCCCAGCCGGUCCCAGCAGGAUCUGAGCCGGCUCCCUUACGCCACCCUGAGGUCGCUGCGGGUCAACACGCUGGUUCACGCUCUGCUUCGUGUCGCGCACGCUCACAUCAGCUCAGAGUGGAGAGACGAAGCCGAGUCUCGGAACCGCUCUGCGGUCCAGAUGAAGGCGGUUCUGAUGGUGCAGCAGCCGGGCGGCCAGCAGGGGGCGCUGCUGCUGUGGGGGUCUGCGAAGGGCUGGCCUCUAUUCAGCAAACACAAAGAUGCUGUGUGGGACUUCAGAGUGCUCCUGGUGAGGGAGGGUUUGACUGACCUCUCGGAGCUGCACUCCACCCCCUGGAGCUCGGUCCGGGCUCUGGACCCGACAGACCGCCGGGCGCUGGACUUCCUGCGGGCGUGGUGCCAUCCAGGCCCCGGCGACGCGGGUCUGGAGCUGGAUGUGGACACGCUGUUGUCCCAGAAGUACAGCGGUGAGGUGGAGCUCAGAGUCCAGGUGCUCAAUUUCCAGUUCCAGGAGGCUCCGCUUUCCCAGAAUCCGGCCCAUCCGGUUCUGGACGGCUCCACGCCGCGGGCCGUCCUGGCGGCACUGAGCGGUGACAUCACCUACACCGGCUGCGGCCGCUGCGCCGCUGAGCUGGACACGGACCGCAACGGGAUCUACACGCCGUGCUACGCCUGCCUGCCGCUCACCGCCCUGCGCCGCUUCUACAGGCCAGGUGUGUUGACAGUGAGUGGGCGGGGCUCUGCCCACCUGAUGAUCCGGGUUCCUCCGGUUCCUCUGCAGAAAAUCCUCCAAGCCCCUCCGACCGACUCCAGUGCAACGCAGCUCCAGGUUCUCAUGUGCGACACGUCCAGGUAGCGGCAGAGAAGCUGCAGGCGCUGCUGGCUCUUCCCAGGAAGUGGGUGGUCGUCACGGUGCGGAGCCACUUCCUGUGCGACCAGAACAGCGUUCCCCUCAGUCAGGACUUCACUCUGCUGGACCUUCAGGUUCCGGCCCGGUGAAGAACCCACCUGGUGGGCGGAGCUUACAGUCUCCUCCAGAGACGACCUCAGAGUGUUGGACACCUGAAGACAUGCAGGACGUCUGUGUGGGUUUGGAUCCUCAACACCAGAACCGACUGCUGGGAGACGAACUGGGACAGGAUCAGAGUUCCUUGUUCCUCAUACAUACCUCUGUCAGACACCGCUACAGUCUGGCCUGGGUUUCCACCAGCCUCUCCGCCUCCUCCCAUGGCUCCGCCUCCUCCCAUGGCUCCGCCUCCUCCCAUGGCUCCGCCUCCUCCCAUGGCUCCGCCUCCUCCCAUGGCUCCGCCUCCUCCCAUGGCUCCGCCUCCUCCCAUGGCUCCGCCUUGCUGCCCCUCGGCAAAGAGGCCGUGGAACCCGCUCUUCUUCUUCAGCCCCUUGUCUUCAUCAUCUUUGUGAAAGGUCUUUGAGAAAAAUCCUUUAUCUUCAUCCUUCUUCUUCUCCUCCUUCUUGUCUUUGUUGCCUGUAAAUUUGGACAUAAAAUCCUCCCUUCUUCUUGUCCUCCUCUUUGUUCUUGAUGCCCAGAGCGCCCUUCACCGCGUCCUCCACUAUGUCUCCUGCAACACAACCAUGAACAUCCAGUUUUACCAUCAGAGGUUUUUCUCCUGAAGGUCUCAUCCAUGCAGCAUCAAUGAUGCUGGUUUAAUAUCAAACUUUAUUUGGUGCUUCCUGUUUUGAGGCUACCGAUCGGAUCGCUCUGUGCCAGCCAGAGAGUGACUGUAAGAGCUGCUGCGUGGACGAGUCCAUCCCCACCAGAACAGUGACAUGGAUCAAUAAAGUGUUUCUGACUUUGAACAGAACAUCUACAUGUGAAGAGCUGACUGAGAAAGGAGAAGCAGCACCUGCCUGAAUGUUUCUAAUGUUGUUAAGUUAUUUGAUGUUGGAGUCGCUGCAGCAAUUCAAUGAAAUAAAUCUGUUUCCAUCUGUU